GAACCUCCAGCAAAUACGCACACACUUACCCACACACCCCCAAAAUAAAGAAGUAACAAACAGAAACUCUGUCCCUUUUCUACGGCCACUGCCAGGGUAGGUUGCCCUCUGCAGUGUAUCUCUGGUUGGCUUCUUUUUUGGGCCUUUGGAUACCUUUGAGGCCCCCCGCGUGAUAAGGUGCGUGAGUUAGAUCAUUGGUUUCAUUUGGUAAGAGGAAAUUUAGUAGAGUUGAGCAAUGGUACGAGGACAGUUUUGAAAGCCCUUGAGAAAGCAUCAGAGUUGCAGAUCGCGUGUCAGGCGGCAAGGAACCCAUGCUGCAUCCGUACAGAAUGGAGGGGUACAUCAUCCCACCAAAAGAAGAGAGUAGAGAAAGAGUAACCUGGACUGGCUGGAUGUCACAGACACCGUCUGUACAAAAAGAUUACUGGGCAGUUUUAACCAAAGAUCAGCAAACAGAGGAAAUGUUUGAAGCAGAGAUGUAUCGACCACCAAUGGAGUAUCAGUAUAUCAUUGAUGACAGUCAGAAUGAUCACGCUUGGGAUUAUAAUACACAUCAUGUCCAUCCAGUGGAUUUCGAGAACCUGCCAGAGAGUCACUUCACAGAGCUACAGAGCGUACAGCCACUACAUGCAUCGAAUGUGCAUCGCUUCCCAGACGUUGAGUCGGGCCAUUUUAUCGAUCCAGGCAUGACUGGGCAUCACCUGACUCUGCCCCCUCCACAGAUGACAUAUUUGCCACGGCCAUCCGUGUGUUACCCUCACAGUGUACAGCCGUCUCCUCUCCAGCGCAGCUCGGAUGACGAUGACCCCGGCAGUCGCAGUCCUCCAUUAGAGGUGUCUGAUGAGGAGUGUAUGAGAGACCACAUCACAUCAACAACAGGAGGAGAGCACGGUAACAAGAAGAAAAUUCGCUUGUAUCAGUUCCUGCUGGACCUUCUGCGAAAUGGUGACAUGAAGGACAGCAUCUGGUGGGUUGACCGAGAAAAAGGAACAUUCCAGUUCUCUUCCAAGCACAAAGAGGCUUUAGCACACCGCUGGGGCGUACAGAAGGGUAACCGCAAGAAGAUGACCUACCAGAAGAUGGCAAGGGCGCUGAGAAACUAUGGCAAGACGGGAGAAGUCAGGAAGAUCAAGAAAAAACUCACCUACCAGUUCAGUGGAGAGGUACUUGGGAAGAGCCAUACAGAAAGGAAGAUUUACAUGUAAACAUUGGCCUAUCAAUAAAAAAAGCAAGACAGAGGGAGAAAAAACUUGGAGAAAACAAGAGAGAACCUUUUUCCUCUAUGAAAAGGGCAAAUGGACCAGAACUCUUACCAUAGUUAUGACCCUAUGGUUUGAAAGUCGACGAUGAUAUUUUUCCUUCCUUUUUUUACUAUUCACCUUUGCAUUAAUUAAGUAACUUUAAGUCCUUUAAAUUUCAGUAGCUUUUGUGAUGCAGGACCAACUUUUUCACGUCUGUGUAGUGUGUACAUAUGGAGAAAGGACACAUUUAAAGAGCAGAUACAUUGACCAAAAUGGGUAGUUUUUAUAAAUUAGACAAAAAGCUAUUCUCGAGUUAAAGACAGUUGCAAACUUCACCACCACGCAUGAUGGAAAAAAAAAUCACAAAAAUACAAAAAGCAGAAGUGAAAACCAAUGACACAGGCUCACACAGCACGGAAAACUCUGUCACGUCUGGGUAACACACACACACACACACACACACACACACACAGAGACAGAUUCUAUGCUCAUGUUUGUACAGUCUUUAUCUCAGCAUUACAUUCCAUCUGAGGAAAAUGAAAAAUCUUUAUAGAACCAUGACGAAUAAACAUUAAUUGUGAAUAGAAAAA